AUGUACAGGAUCCAAACGGCCGCCGACAUGCGCUAUCUGCACGAUUUGAAUGUCCAAAUAUCGCAGAACCGCCGCUCCGUCUCCGUUUCGAAGCAGAUAGACCGGGAUCUGUGCAACCAGCACUUCGACACCUUCGAGACCUUCUGGGGACGGCCAGGACACGGAGCCCGCGGCGACAAAAUAAACAAAUUGAAGCUGGACAAUCUGCUGUACGGCGCCAGUGAGUCGGCUUAG